AUGGCCGCUGUUGCACCUCGGAAGUGCACUGGAGUGGAUUGCGCCAACGACGCAGGCACCUUACAAUGUCCCACCUGCUUGAAGAUGGGCACCGACAGCUUCUUUUGCUCGCAAGACUGCUUUAAGCGAAGUUGGGCCGAGCAUAAGAGCAUCCACAAGAAGAGUAAUAUCCUCUCCAAUCUCUUUCCCCCGAAAGUAGUUUCUGAACCUGAUCCAGCCACCGGCCACUUCAAUCCCUUCCCCUCAUUCAACUUCGCUGGCUCCCUGCGCCCCGUUUACCCCCUCUCGGCCACACGCACCAUCCCGAAGUCAAUUCCGUACCCCGACUACGCGCGCGAUGGCAUUCCCCGAUCGGAGCAAAAGCUGUUCGGUCAACACAGCAUCAAAAUUUUGAAUAAGGAGGAGCAAGAGGGAAUGCGCAAAGUCUGCCGUCUCGCCCGUGAGGUUCUGGAUAUUGCCGCUCGGGAGCUUAAGCCUGGUGUGACAACGGACUACAUUGACGAGGUGGUUCACAAAGCCUGUAUUGAGCGCGAGUCGUACCCCUCGCCGCUCAACUACAUGCACUUUCCCAAGUCAGUCUGCACUUCCGUCAACGAGACCAUCUGUCACGGUAUUCCGGAUCAACGCCCUCUAGAGGAGGGAGACAUUGUCAAUAUCGAUGUCACAUUAUACCACCAAGGAUUCCACGGUGAUAUUAACGAAACUUACUACGUGGGAGACAAGGCUCGCGCAAAUCAGGAUGCUGUGCGGGUGGUGGAGACUGCGCGAGAAUGUCUGGAUAAGUCGAUCGAGCUGGUCAAGCCGGGGAUGCUAUUCCGGGAUCCUGGAAAUGUGAUUGAGAAGCACGCCAAAUCCCGGGACUGCAGUGUUGUCAAAACUUACUGCGGGCACGGCAUCAACCAGCUCUUCCACUGUGCACCCAAUGUUCCUCACUACGCUAAAAACAAGGCUGUGGGAACUGCCAAACCUGGCAUGUGCUUUACAAUUGAGCCUAUGAUCAACAUUGGUACUCACCGGGACCGUACAUGGCCUGAUGAUUGGACCAGCACCACUGCCGAUGGAUCUUUAUCGGCUCAGUUCGAGCAUACUUUGCUUGUAACUGAAGAUGGUGUAGAAGUACUCACUGCCCGAUUCCCUGAUUCCCCAGGCGGGCCUGUCCCUAUGCCAGGGUCGGAGUGA